AUGGAGAACUGGCAGGGAUUGCCGAUGGUCCUGGAGCGAGGGGAGAGUCCUGGAUGGAACGCCGACCUCUGCCGCAUGGCCAAUGAGCUCGUGUCUGCCCAUCUCGAGUGCCUCGGAGCCCCGGCUGAGCUCCUGGAGGCAUGGCGUUUAUUUGCUGAGGAGCGUGCGAACUCUCAGGACGUUCAUGAAGGCACCGAGGUCCCCGUCUCAGAGCUGAUGAACACAUUGAUGAUGCUCCGGAGCCUGGGCGGAUCAAACGAAGUGCGGCCUCUGCGGGAUCGCAUCCCGCCGAGUCCAAAGUCCAGCGAAAGCAAGGAGCGAUGGCAGCAGAUGUGUGAGAAAGCGAAGCAGAUGGUGACCAGGGAUCACCAAGAACCCGUCAUGGCGGCCUCGUCCAGUGACUUGUACGACACGCCGAUCGCGCGGGCCACAGAUUCUGCGGAGACUGGGCGCCGUUUUCGAUCUUUGAGAUGGUGGGUGCGCGACCCGCCGCAAGCGGCUGCAGCCCCGCCGCUUCCUGAGGAGGUCCCCCGGGAGUACCAGACUCUUGACCAAGUUCUCGAUGAAGCACGUAUUUCGCGCUAUGGGCAGCUCGAAGCGGUCACUGACAGGGAGAUCACCAGCUGCUGGAAGGCAGCCUUCCGGAUGGUCUUGGAUCUGGUAAAAGUCUUCCGUGCAACACCCGACGAGGCUGAUGUUCAUGGCGAGGAGCAGGUCGCAUCAUCCGGCUCGCCGUCCACAGUCUUCUCCACCACGCAAUACGUCCGUGGCGUCACCGACCCCUUGCCAACCCCGCACAAGGCACGCUCGGAACCUUCACUGCCCCCUCGAUCCCAUUCCCAGGAGGACUAG